AUGUUCCAUUCCCAAAAGCGCGCAGCAUACCACAGCUCGUCACAGAGCCAGGAUAACGCUUUUCGGGACUUGGAUCUGGAUUUGGAUUUAGAUAUGGAUUUGGAUUUGGAUUUGGAGCUGAGCGACGAUGAUAUGAACACACAGAAAAGUACAGCAGAGGGUGCCAAAGGAAAAGAGAAGAAGGAAACAGAGGAGGAGAUAAAGAAGUUUAGAUACCCAUUCGAUGCCAGUGUGAAUGAAACGGGGGUUACGGUACUUAUGGAUAUGGAUAAGUUUUGGGACAAAAAUUCGGCCCUACAGCCAAAACAAGCGGAGAAUGUGGAUGCAGAGAAUCCCGUUAUUGAAGCCGGGACGAGGGAGGUGUGGGUAGGUGAGGAGUGGCCCACCAUUGAGCAAGUGGAAUAUAAUGAGAACUUAACCUUUCCGAAGAGGAAGAAGGGCGCACAAGACAUAGUGCCCGAGAAAGUAUGGGUAAUCAAGCCCAAACCUCCACCCAAGAAGAAACCAAAGAAAAAUUUAGGGUCCCAAAUAGGUAAGCAUGCUAAGCAACGGAAAAUGCCGACGGUUAUAGGACAUUCUCAGCCCAAAAAACGACACGGGUUCAAGGUGUCCCGCCAAAAGAAAUCUGGUUCAUCACAGACCACUUCGCGCUCUCAAACGGUUCGAUUUGCCGAUUCAGAAGCACAGUCACAACAGCAAUCCCAAACGCAGGACUACACACAAUCCAAUUCCCAGGCCCAUUCCCGAUCCGGAUCACAAUCGGCACAAUCGUCACAAUCACAAUCACAAUCACAAUCACAAUUUGAGUCACAACCCCAAUCCGAUUUCGGAUCACAAUCACAGUCUCAAUCUCAAUCUCAUUCUCAAUACCGAGCCAAAGGCAAGCACAAGAAGAAGCACAAGAAGGAUAAGCAUAAGAAGGACAAACACAAGAGCAAUAAGAGGCGGAUGGGUUUCUGAUAAUUAGACAAUACGUAAUUUUAGACAAAUAAAAGUUUUAG